AUGCGGCGCAACGUGAAGAGGCGGCGGCGCCGGCCCCAGGCCGCCUGGGGCGGCGGCGGCGGCGGCGGCGGCGGCGGCUAUAGGGCGGGAGGAGGGGCCGGACUGGAGGCGCGGGAGGAGAAGGUGGUGUACUCGAGGUCGCAACUGUCGCUGGCCGACAGCACCAAAGCGCUGGGCGACGCCUUCAAGCUGUUCAUGCCCAGCAGCACGGAGUUCAUGAGCUCGGACGCGGAGCUCUGGAGCUUCCUGUGCAGCCUCAAGCACCAGUUCUCCCCGCACAUCCUCCGCAGCAAGGACGUGUACGGUUACUCCUCGUGCCGGGCCCUCGUCCCCGAUCCCCCGGCCGGACCCCCGACCGCCCGCGCUCACACGCGCAGACCCACGUCGCGGACAGCGGCCAGGAGGAGGCGCCGCGGAGCCCGCCCGCCCGCCGCCGCCGCCGCCGCCGCCCACCGACGAUCCCGACCUGCCACCGCCUCCGAGGAGUCCUCCCGUCCAGCCAAGCCCGCCGCCCCGGCGCCCUGUUUCGGGGGACGCACCCUGGAAGAGAUCUGGAGGGCUGCCACCCCGACGCUCACCAGCUUCCCGACCAUCCGCGUCGGCGACGACGUGUGGGGCGAGCGCAGCCUGGCGGCGGCGCGGCGCAGAGCGCGCCAAGUGCUCCGAGUGGACCUGGAACCCGUGGUGAGGCUGCGCCGUUUCCCGGUGCCACGGGCCUGACGCGCGCCGGUGCCCAUCCUACCCCACCCCGGAGCUGGGGAGGAGCGCCUCCUGUCGGUCGCCGCUUCCACCUGCCCUCCCUCCAUUCCUCCCUCCCUCCCUCCACCAUCCAUCCAUCAUCAUCCAUCCAUCCAUCCAUCCAUCCUUCUAUCCAUCCAUCCCGGGACGACGGAGCUUCGGCCUCUACACCCCACCCCUCCCGGAGGAAUGAACAAGUGUCAGUCGAGUGUUUACAGAACCGGUCCCUCCUGGUGCACUUUACGCGCGAUGAUGACGUCCCUGGAUGCCGUUCACCUGGGAUGCGGCGCUGCGGGCUUGCGGGGAGGAGGGAGGGCUCCGGGACAGGUGUGUCCCCCCCUCCCUCCCUCCUCUCUUCCUACCCUUCGCUGCCUCUGGACACCCCGUAUCUGCAGAAGAGGAGCCGGCAGGACCCGCGUGGGGGCGGGGAAAGUCCCCAUUGCUUCUCGGACCCCAGAUGGAGGCGUCUCCGGGACUAGUGUGGGACAGUUGUGUUUUCUCUCUUUUUGGACUCUACCUCACUGGUCUGGAAGUCCUCCGAAGUCAACUCUUCUUUCUUUUCUUCUUCCUCUUAUUCUUUUUUUUUUUUUUUUUUCCCAAAGGAAUUUGUUUUUCGUGCGUGCGUAAUAAAGCCAGAAAUUUACUUGUUCUUUAUUCAACCCGUUCCCCUUGUUCUUUAUUGACUGCCAAGCCCCUCUUUUCUGGACGGAAGAUCGACUUGUUUUGUGGUUGGUGUGCUAAACAAUGUGUGCUCAGGGUAUUCUGAAGCCCACUCGUUUCCUAAUUUUUACUGGAUUCCAAAGCUUUGACCAAGGAUUAUUUUUUAAAAGGUUCAAGCUUAUGACUGUUAGUAGUACAAGGAUUUGUAUGGCUUUGAAUUUCGUGAGUUCAGUGAUUACAAAAGAUGUUGCAAAGAACAACUGUUGAAACAUUUAAGAGGUGUUUAUAUAAAGGUUUUAUAUUGAAAUUUAAUAUUUAUAUUUACUGAGCUCCUAAAGAAAAAUGGUUGAAUACUCUUAAAAAGUUUUAUUUAGGAAAAGUUGACUUGUUGAAUUCUUUUUUAAUUGAAUAAAUAUUGAAGUGUUUUGGAAUCACGUGGCUUGUGAUCAGAAGUGAAUAAAUUGUGAAGAAUUGAUGUUGGCUACGAAAAUGACUGGAAUCCAAUUGGAGUUGAUCUGGCCUCAUGUGGUAGCCUAACGUACAAAUCCAGAAGUGUUAAUGGGGAGAAAAUUUAUUGUAAAAUGGAAGUUGCAUAGGAGAGAUCAAUGUGGGUAAACAUUGUGAACAAAAUGAUAAAUAAGAUACCCAUUAGAAUUCCCAGAACUAUGAAGAUCUCUAGGGAGAGGGGUAAGGGCAUUUCUUGAUACCAAGCAAUUAGUUGAAGUUACUUUGGGCAAAGUAGAUCUUUAUUUAUUUCUUUGGUUUUGUUGUUGGGUAACAAGAAAUGCCCAGUCUAAUAUUCAUUGCCUUUAUGAAGAACCAGUUAGUUGACCUUUUUGUCCUGUGAAUUUUAUCUUCCAUUUAUAAUUUCAGUCUGACAGUUGAAGGCCACAGGAAUCAAAUAGGAGAGCCACACAAGAGUACUGAUCCUUCUUUUACACUUUUAUAAUAGUGUGCAUACCAUAUGGCCCAGUGUGGAAUUCUUGAUUAUCCAAGUGCCUUUGGUCGUUGGUGGCAGCAAGACUUAAUGACUUGUAGCCAGUGGUGCCCCAGCCAGCUCUUUCUGCAAUACCUAGAGGAUCAAGUAGUGUUUUUUUCUUUCUCUUUUUGUACCACUGAUAUUUCAAAUUUAAGUAUCCUGCCAUGGAACGAGCCAUACUGGGCUGGAACUGACAUGUUAAACCCUCAGUGUUAAGGUUUAUCUCUGCUUGGCAGCUUCUUAGAAUAAUGAGAGUUUUGGUUUUGACUGUUGUGUUCCUAGAAUUCAAAUGGCAUAGCUUUCUGUAAUUAUUAUUUUAGGUCUUAAUAGUACAUGAAAGGAGUGUCGCAACUUUAAUUUCAGUGUUCUUGUUUUCUAAAAAAAAUUUAUAUAUAUAUAUAUAUACACAUAUGUGACUUUAUGCCAGUUUUCCAAUAAGCUUCAUAAUCUUCUAUUCACUACUCGACAAUAAUACAUUGCUACAAACACUGUUACGUGAGUAAAAUAAAAAGUGAAUAAUUACCAGAGGGAGAGUGUUAAGUUAUAGUUGUGUUAUGGGAAGCUGAAACAUUAGCUUCCAUUGCCAAAUGUAUUUCAGAUACAUAGGAUUUUCUUCCCAAAAAUAUAUUGUUAACUUUUAUAGCUAACUAGCACCUGAAGAAAAUGUAUUUGUACCACUUCACUUGUAUAUAGUUUUAUAAUACCUGAAAAAUCAAUCCAAUGGCCAUAUUAGAAUGUAAUUUCAACAUGUAGCGUAUCUAGAUAGUUUCCCAGAGGAUUUUGAACUAGACUUAGCUGAGGGGAUGACUUUUCUCCACACACAACUGAAACAUCCAGUGACACCGUGUAUUUAUUUUACUUCAGAUUCUUGACAUUUGUGUCUCUCAUGCCUUGCUACUUCAGUACAGUUGAACUUGCAUAAAUGCCGCUUUGGCUUCUGACUGAUGACAGCUGAGCUCUGAUUACCCACCUUGAAUCCAGCAUGGUUCAACUGGGCUGUCAGAAAAGUUCUGGCCUUUCUAACAUGUGAAGUAAGAUGUAAAAAACAAAAACAACAAAGCAAAAACUUUUUGCCAAGUUUUCUUUAGCAAAACCUGAGUUACAACUUCUUAAAUGUGAAGCAAGAUAUAAGGUAAUUGAUGAGAAUAUUAAUAGGAAAAGAAAAAUAUUUCUUGCGUAUGUUUGGGCAGGAUGUGAAGAGAAACUUGGCAUAGUGGCCUUUAAGGUGAGGCAUCUAUUUACUGUCCUCCAAAGUAAGUCUGUAGCUAAGUAUGUGGAGAGUUUUUUUUUUUUUUUUUUUAAUAGAAGUCUCAUGAUUUAUCUGUUCACUUGCCUCCUCUUACAUAUCAUGGCACAAGUGGAGAGGGCGGCUAGGAGGAAUUUUAUCACCUUGCUAUGUUUUUUAUUUAGUUUAUUUUCUUUCCUUUUUUUUUUUUUUUUAAACUUUAAAGAGUACCUAAAUGUGAUGACUGGCAGGCACCUCAGUUAACUUUUUUAGAUUCUUGAUGCCAUUUUUAUCUUCCUCUCUGUCAACCAUCAAUUUAUUUUUACUUUCCUAAGCCAACAACAUCAUGAGAGUUGAGGGCAACCUUCAUUGUUGGUAGUACAAAGCGUAACUGUUGUGAUGCGUAUUGAUUUUGUCUUAAGUAUUCUAUUGGACAAGUGUAACUUAAGCUGGUGGCUCAUACCUAUUGAUUUGCCAUGUGCAAAUGAUAGUACUAUUUUCCAGAAGUUUUCAAUGAAAAACUAGAAAUCUUUGAAUAAAAAAUUACAACUUUGAACACAAAGGUUUGUUUUUUUGUUGUUUUAUUUUUAAGGAUUGCUACAGCACUCUUUAAAUUAGUGGUUUUUAAUGGACAUAUAUACCUAACAUUUAUUGCUGUGUUAAAAUAUUUUUUUUAUAAACUGUUUUGUCUUAAGUGCAUUAGAAAGCAAUUGUUUGUAAUGGAACUGAAGUGUUUUUCUGGACAGUUUAAUGUGCAUAUGAGUGAGAUUUACAGUUUGGUUGUACUUUGCUUUUUAACUUAUUAACUGUAAAUAAAUUUUAGAGCAUA